AUGGAUAUCUUGAUCGAUUCAACUUCAGGCCAAGACAUGCUGUCCUUUAUGGAUGGGUUUAGUGGCUACAAUCAGAUCAAAAUGUUGCCCAAGGAUGUUGUGAAGACUGCCUUUCGAACACCAUAUGGGAACUUUUAUUACACCGUCAUGCCAUUUGGUCUUAAGAACGCUGGCGCCACAUACCAAAGGGCCAUGAUGGCAGUAUUUCAUGAUAUGAUGGGGAGAGAAGUCGAGGAUUAUGUGGACAACUUAGUGGUAAAAUCAAAACAUAGAGGAAGCCAUUAG